AUGCCCGUCACCAUAGAAGAGGCAUUUGCUGACUUUUCACUCGGUUUGUAUCGUGAGGCGUGUGCGACUCCCGAUGAUGCUGUUCUGUCGCCGGCUGCCGUUUCGCUUGCUCUUUUCCCUGCAUAUGUUGGAUGCAAAUAUGAUGCCCAUACACAGAUACAGGAAGCUUUGCUUGGUAGCAAAGCUACUGAAAAAGACACUCUGAAGUGUUUUGCUGACCUAUCGAAAGUGGUCGACAAGAAAGUGACGUCGCCGGCGUUGCGGGUGUCAAAUCGUAUUUACAGUCAGAACGGUUUUACGAUCUCAGACACGUACAAGCGGCGUCUAGCGAACGAGUGCGGCAGUUGUGACGUGGUCUCAAUCGACUUUUCCUCCUCAGCGGUAUUCGAUAAGGACGUCAAUCGUUGGGCAAACGAAUCAACUGGUGGAAAAAUGAAGCAGAUCGCUUCAGCGGACAUGUUCCCUUUGUCAACGAAGAUGGUCAUUCUGUCGGCCGCGUCGUUCAAUGGCCGAUGGCAGUGCGAAUUUGUUUCAUCUGAUACAUCGAAGAGAACGUUCUACAGUAAUCCAACAAGUAGUUCCAAAAUCUACAUGAUGAAACAAACACUGCAGUGUAUGUACGGCGAAAAUGACGCAUGUCAAGUAUUACAAAUGGAUUACACGGAUAAACUCAUGAGCUUGUUGAUUUUUCUGCCUAAAGAAAAGUUUGGGUUAAAACGGUUUGAGUUGAAUCUUUCUGGAGCCAAGAUUUUCAAUUUGAUUAAUUCUGUACAUCGGAAAGCCGUUAAGGUAGUAAUUCCAAGGUUUGGUCUAGAAAACAGCUUCAGUCUUAAACGUUCUUUACUGAAAAUGAAAAUCACACACGUUUUCAAUCCGGAUUUGGCGGAUUUUACUGAUAUGACAACGAAACGAGGAUUGUGCAUUUCUUCGGUCAUCCACAAGGCUAUCAUUGAGGUCAGUGAGAAAGGAUGCGAAGCAGCCGCAGUAGGGUUUCCAUCUACCGCGGCGUCUUUGGCGGUCUGCAUGGAACCACCGAAGGAGUUUAUCGCAGAUCAUCCAUUUUUGUUCAUGGUCAUAGAAAAAUGUGAGACACUGUUCGUUGAUGAUAUCGAAGAUCUGUGCCACACCAUGGGCUACAUGAAUGAACGUUCCACAAAUAGCACCUGA